UUGAACCGUCAACGUCGUUUCUUGGUGCUGUGACACAGAAAUCUCCCUGUAAAUCAGCAAUAUUCUUGCCAAAUUUUGGGCGCGAUACAUUUCUCACCUAGUGGCCCAUUAGUGUAACUGAACACAAAAACAAACAACAUACAAAUCAUGGAGGAAACUAUCAGAGAAGAACUGAUUCAGUUUUUAAAGCAGAAAGUACCAGCUGAAACCUUAAGUUCUGUAGAUGACAUUGUUCUUGGUUAUAUUGUUAAUGUCUUGGAGCAACUUGGUGAAGAUGAUGAGUUUGAUGUGGAUGACUUCUCUGAAAUAAUGACUGCUUAUAUCCCAGAGUUUGAUGAAGUCAAUAGGGAUGCUGUUCAAAGUUGGAUGCUUGACUUAGCAGACAAGCUAGUCAAGAGUAGAACUGCAAGGAAUACAUGUAGUUUCUCAGAUGCUUACACUGUGAUGAGAGAAGACAAAUGCAGCAGAUCAGUGGCCAGUUUAGAGCCAAAGAGUGUUCAAAGUGGUGAUAUUGCUAAAGAUCAUCAAAUAAUAACUUCACUUAGACAGUUUAGUUCCUGUGAACAGGGUACGAACAGUUUUGCACUUGAGACAGGCAAGCUCUCACCCUUGUCAAAGAGUAAUUGCAAUCAGGACACCAAAGCUGAGCACUAUAUCAAACUCAAAGAAAGUGUAGGCAAUGCAAGCUUCAGGGAAGAAAUUUUGAUGCUAACAGAGGUUUUUCCAGAGGCGUGCUCUUUAGAAAUACAAAACUGUCUGAUGGUGGCAAAUGGUGAUGUUGAGUCUGCUGUCCAACUGAUGCUAGUAAAGAAAGAAAACAUUGAUGAAGAAUGGAAGGAGAAUGUUCAUCAAACUGUAGACCAUGUUUCUCCAAAGACACAUCUUCCAACUGCAAAGAAGGAACAACUACAUCAGGAUGAACAGCAGGGUCUUAAGGAACAAAUUAUGGAAAAAUAUGGGUAUGUUGAAGUUAGCCAAGAUGAGAAAACAUAUCAACCUAUACUUCACAAACAGGAUGAAAAGAAACUGGUUCGAUAUCGAGACAAUCAAGUCGUUAGCACAAAGGGUGAACGAUUUUCUUUGGUGAAGCAAGAGGAGUCUGAGGAAAUGAAGAAGACAUAUGUGAACAUCAAACCGGCACGGAAAUAUCGAUUCCACUGAUGUUUCAAAUUCUAUACCGAACGUGGAUGAACUGAACCCGCGCAGAAGAUAUUCAAGCCUUCAAGACAUACGCCAUGGCAGGAAACUUGUACGAAAGGCGAACUCUAUUGCAGUUUUUUGUACACCGAUUUGACGACAAGUUUUUAAACGCCACAAAAUUGAAAGCGAUCUGGGACAGAGCGGAAGACGAUCGCGCCUUAUUCGUUAUCAAGUGUUAUAGAUAUGAGAAGGAAUUGCUUUUGAGGGCAACUCAUAGAUAAUAAAUCAUCUUACUUAAUGAAUUUAAGGCCAUUACAGGCUUUAUAAUUUAAAGCUUUCUCCCUCGCCAAGACGAAAUACAAUUUUAGUUCUGUUUACCUAAAGAAAACGCCUUAAGCGACAUAAGUCAUGUUAAAUUUGGAUGUAGAUCGAUGUAAAUAUCUCUUUAUUGAUUUUUCUAUUUUUAAUCGUUUUGUUUGAACAUCUUUAUCACUUUUCGUGUUUGCCUCAUGUAACGUGUCGUAACACAAUUCACAACGUCUUUUCCACCGUGCGUAGGUUUCAAGAUUGUCAUAUUUUUCAAUUCAAGUAAUUGAUUUUUUUUAUUUCAGGAUCGUAAAGUUCUUGACAGCUUUUGACAAUGUUGUGUUUGCUUUUUCGGUGCAAUCCAAAUGUAUACAGCUGCACUUUCUAAACAGAUUCUACUUCGUCAUGUUGGCAUUUGUCAUUUCUAAGCAAUGAUUCGAAUUUUGACGCAUUUUUAACAAUAUAAGAUUUUAUUUCCUCUUGUUUAUACGGUCAGCAUAAUUAAAAUCUGAAUUACGUGAUAAGCUUUCUAUCUUGUGCAUACAGUAGCAACUGAAAAGGAUAGUUUGAAAGACAGGUAUUGACCCGUUCAUCGAAAAAUUACAUUCUCGUUUUUAUGCAGAUCUCGUUGAGUGUACAUUCAUUAUGGUGAAAGACAGCUACCUUGAUAAAACACCCACCACAUUUCAAAACCUUACUUUAAAAGCGCACUUAAGCUGUAUUUUAAUAUCUCGCUGAUAAUUAAAUACAUCAACCAGGCAUCUGCCUUUCUAUAUUUGAGAUAAA